AUGAGUGAUCAAAGUGAUGAAUUCACAAGGCCCGUGGCCAGGGUUGGUCAGGUGGAAAAAGCGAUGCUCUCUGGUACAGGAAUACAUAUUCCUUGGCUCCGAAAGCAGAUGGAAACUGUGGCGACUAGAGGAAAAAAAGAAAAGGAUUUUGCUCAGACGACAAAUGCUUGUUUAAGUUUUAUCCAGGAAGCUCUGCUGAAACACCAGUGGCAGAAGGCUGCGGAGUAUAUGCAUAGCUAUUUUCAGAUCUUGGAAGAUUCUGAUGGUGCCAAAAGGCUGGCUGCCCCUGAGAUUAUUUGGAGACUCGGAAGUGAAAUUUUGUAUUAUCAUCCCAAGAGCAAUGUUGAGACUUUCAAUGCCUUUGCGGAUCGAAUGAAAAAUGUUGGUGUCAUGAAUUAUUUAAAGAUCUCCUUACAACAUGCACUGUACCUUCUACAUCACAGAAUGCUUGAGGAUGCAAACAGAAAUUUAAGCCAGGCUGAAACAUGGAGAUACGGUGAAAAGUCAUCUUCCCAGGAAAUAUUAAUUAACCUUAUUCAGGCAUAUAAAGGGCUUAUUCAGUAUUAUACUUGGUCUAAGAAGAAGACGGAACUGUCUACACUUGAUGAGGAUGAUUAUGCUUACAACACAGCAACCCGGAAUAUUCUUAACCACAGCUGGAAGACAUCUAUGAAUCUUUGUGCAUUGAUUAAAAUUCCUGGUGUUUGGGAUCCUUUUGUGAAGAGUUAUGUGGAGAUGCUGGAAUUCUAUGGGGAUCAAGAUGGAGCCCGAGAAGUUCUCACUAAUUAUGCAUAUGAUGAGAAAUUUCCAUCAAAUCCAAAUGCCCAUGUCUACUUGUACAACUUUUUAAAGAAAGAGAAGGCACCGAAAGAGAAACUGAUAAGUGUGCUUAAGACUUUGUAUCAGAUUGUACCAUCUCAUAAACUGAUGUUAGAAUUUCAUAGAAUACUUCGAAAUUCAGAAAAAGAAGAACAUCAUAAACUGGCCCUAGAAGUGUUGUUUGCGGUCUUAGAUUUCGCUGGCUGUGCCAAGAAUAUAACUGCAUGGAAGUAUUUAGCAAAAUACCUGAAACAGAUCUUAAUGAGAAAUCAUCUCGUUUGGGUUCAGGAAGAGUGGAACUCCAGGAAAACCUGGUGGCCAAAUUUUCACUUCAGCUACUUUUGGGCAAAAUGUGAUUGGACAGAAGAUAAAGCUUUAGCUUAUGAGAAAGCUUUUGUAGCUGGAUUACUAUUAGGAAAAGGUUGUAGAUACUUUCAAUAUGUUUCUAAACAAGGGCGUCAAGUCUUAAGGAAGAAAAAUAAACGGAUGAACAAAUUGGUGAAAAUGCAUAGUAUUGUAAAUCUGGAACCCUGA